AUGAAGACUUUAUUCGCUUUUACUUUGGUUUCAUUGUUUGUGGGUAGUUUUGCUGAUAGAUAUUGUUAUAAUAAAGUAGUUCAGGAUUGUGCUAGUGGAAUUCAACAUGUUUCCUGCAAUGCUAACUACGGUAACUUUCCAUGUGUCGAGCCGUUGUUCAAUGACUUGUUCAAGAAUUAUCUGAUGCGUAGCAAUGAAUAUCUUCUAAUCAAAACAAACUUCGAUAAUUAUGAAUAUGCGCGUCCUGGUUUCGCCCAAUUAUUCGGCCAGUUGUCUGACAGGAAGUGGGAAACAGCCAUUCGCAUCAUAAAGUUUAUCACAAAUCGUAAUGGUGAAGUUGAAUUUGGUCCCGGUAAUGCUUACACUGCUGGGGCGUAUGAUAUUCAUGAAUUGCCAGCGAUGGCUAUGGCGACUGAUAUUGAGAAACAAUUCGCGAUUGAUACAAAUGAAAUUCACGAGAUUGUUACUGGACCACCUAACAAGCACGACAUGGAUGUGGCUUGGUAUAUUCAGAAUAAAUUCGCUUUCCAGCAGUCGAAAUUGUUGAGGCAGUUGGUUGGAUAUGUUUCUGUGUUGACGAAGAUGUCUGAUUCUAUUAACUACGCUGUAGGUUUAACCACAUUUGAUGAUUAUUUAUAUGAUGAGGAUGUGUAG